CCAGCCUCCUCCUCCUCUCUCUCUUCCUCCUCCUCCUGCUCAGAUCACUAAGGAACCUUCCCAAGCUCUCACUAUUUCAGUGCCAGUCCCAGCAGUAGCAGCAGCAUGGCCGCCUGAGCAGCUUCCCAGCGCCCCCAAUGCAGGCAGAUCGCAGUCCCCAGAGCAUGACAGGAGUCUAUGAGCGGAGAGUCGCCACCAUCAGAGCCACUGAGUUCCAGAGCAUCAUGCACCAUCCUUCCCAGGACUCACCAACACUGCCCGAAUCCACAGCCACUGACUCUGGCUACUACAGCCCAGGAGGGGCAGCUGGCCACCCACACCAUGGCUACUGUUCGCCCACUUCGGCCACUUAUGGAAAGGCGCUUAAUGCUUAUCAGUACCAGUACCAUGGCAUGAAUGGAGCAGCGGGAAACUACCCUGGCAAAGCCUAUAGCGAUUAUGGCUAUGGGAGCCCUUACCACCCUCACCACCAGUACAGCGGAGCGUACAACAGGGUGCAGCCCCCCAGCAGUCAGCCAGAAAAAGAAGUAUCAGAGCCCGAGGUGAGAAUGGUGAAUGGGAAACCAAAGAAAAUCCGAAAGCCGCGCACCAUCUACUCCAGUUUCCAGCUCGCAGCGCUACAGAGGCGCUUCCAGAAGACGCAAUACUUAGCGCUGCCGGAGCGCGCAGAACUGGCGGCAUCUCUGGGACUAACGCAAACACAGGUAAAAAUAUGGUUCCAGAAUAAAAGAUCCAAGAUUAAGAAAAUCAUGAAGAACGGAGAGCUGCCUCCAGAACACAGCCCCAGCUCCAGUGACCCCAUGGCGUGUAAUUCUCCCCAGUCUCCAGUAGUGUGGGAACCCCAAGGAUCUUCAAGGUCACUCAGCCACCACCCCCAUGUACAUUCCCACCCCCAGGCCUCCGGCAGCUCCCCUGCAUCCUCCUAUCUGGAGAACUCCAGCGUCUGGUACCCUACAGGCACCCACCUGCAGAACCUGCAGAACCAUGCCUCUUUACAGCACCCCUUGGCCUUGGCAUCAGGGACUCUCUACUAAAAGACACCCGGGCCGCCUUUUUGUCUUUUUUUUGGACUAUCAUUUUUUUCAUUGUUAAGGAGUCAUACAAAACAAUGCAUAACAUGGAUUUUUUAAGGCAAAGUAUAUUGUGUAAAGCUUGUUGCAUGUAACUUAUUGCAUUUCAAAGGAGACCGUGUGUUUUUUACAGAUUGUCUUUGCGCAACUGGGGACACUAUCUCAAUGGUGCCUUGAAUCUAUGACCUCAUUUUUUUCCAGAGACUUUUUUUCAAUGUUUAUUUUAACCAUGUAAAUACAUGUAGAUAGAGGAAUUAAACUGUAUAUUCUGGAUAAAUAAAAUUAUUUCGACCAGGA